AUGUCGACAGCGGCUGCGGCUGCACCGGCGGCAACAUUCGCUCUGGUUUCGCCGUUUGGUGAUCCAACCCUGCUUCCACACGACUCAAAGAAGGCCGACAUCAUCGCCAGCGGCGUCAUCACGCUGUUCCUCGCGGGCUGUUUUGUGGCAGCACGAUUCUACACGCGCAUGUUCAUCACAAGGACACGAAUCGGCGCGAGUGAAUGGCUAGUCUUGUUGGCAUGGAUCUUCUCGUUUGGUGUCACCAUUCCUCAGAUACUGGAAACGGGAUACGGCAUGGGCGCCCAUGUCUACGACAUGGCCAUUGGCGACAUUAACUCUACGGACAGCGCCAAAGCUGGACUCAUCUCCAUCCUCUUCUACUCGCUGUCCCUCACAUUCAGCAAGCUGUCCAUGCUGGCCUUGUACCUCGUCGUCUUUCCUUAUAACUGGGUCCGCUCCGUCAGUUUCAUCUUGUUCGCCGUCGUCGCCGUCGGCCAGACUUGGGUGCUGUACGUCAUCUUUUCAGCCUGCACGCCGCUCGAGGCGUUUUGGGAUCCGACCAUACUCGGCGCCACCUGCCAUCCGCAGGUCUUCUGGCUCUCCAACCAGUACCUGAUGAUUGCCACCGACUUUAUGAUAUUCCUGCUGCCGCUGCCCGUCGUCUGGCGCCUCAAGGUCCGCCCGGGCCACAAGGUGCUCCUCGUUUUCGUCUUUGCCAUGGGUUUUUUCCCCGGCCCCGAUUUUACCUAUUCCGGCAUCGCCACAUACUACUGGACCGAUGUCGAAACCAACCUCGCCAUUGUCGUCGCCAGCUCCAUCAACCUCAAACCGUUUGUCAGCCGCCUGCUGCCCAAGUCAUGGCUAUCCAGUCCCGACGGCGAUUUGGCGCACAACAAUAUCAACAACAACGGCCGCCGCUACCCGAUCCACACCAGUCUCGUUGACCCCAUUGCCACUAUUGGCUCGCGCUUCUCUCGCCUGGCAGGCCGUGCGGGCCCGGGGAAUGGUGCAGGCGCUGCCAGCCAUAAUAUCCACGGUGGCCACAAUGACCCCAUUGUCGCAGACGACACAAAGGUCCUCAGCAUUUCCACCUCUUCGCACGGCUCCCACAACGCCUCGUCGUAUCUCGACAAUGACUCGGAGUCCACAUCGAACAGCCGUACUAUCGUCGACCGCCACGGCAAUGCUGUCGACGAAGAGAUGGGCCUGCCACAGCAUGAAGCCGGCAGCGAGCCCAAGCCGCACUUGCAGCACGCCGUCCACAGUGUGCCCAGCGACCAGACGCUGGGCCAUGACAGACGAUGA